UGUGUUCAAGACAGUUCAUCUACUAAAGCAGUACCCAGGCCUCCCACUGGUCCAUUUAAAGGGAUGAUUUUUGGCAAUCCAGAUCAAGAACUCCUUCACAAAAGAAAAGAAAAAUAUCGCAAAGAAUUAUUAGCACAGAUAGAUGAGCAACGGAAGAAUAAGAGACGGGAAAAAGAGUUGGAGCUCUGUGUUGCUGCUUCUGGGGCUCAUGACCCUGAAAAAAUGGCCAAUAGACUAAAGCAGUCUAGUGUUGCACCAAGAUUUUCUGAUCAGAAGCCUUUACCUGAGCGAUCCCAAGCCACUGUCCAAGCACCCCCUCAUAACACAGCUCUUCCAUCUAGUGGACCCGGCUCAUCUGUGAACGAAGAAUUGCAGAAAGUAUUCAGUGAAGUGGUGCUUCCCAGAGUGACAGCUGUGCCACCUCCUCCCCCUCCAGUCUUGACAUACGCAUACAAAACUCCUUAUGAUGAAGCUUAUAAUUACUAUGGGGUGAGAAACCCUUUGGAUUCUAAUCCUGAAUAUUAUGGCCCAGGAAGGAUGGGAGUGCAGCCUGCCCCUUUACCUAAUGCACCUGUAGCCGAACUGUCAUCACAGUCUGCUGGGAAGACAAGUACACCGGAUGCUACAAAGGAGAGAAUAAAAAUUUACGGGAUGGUUUUUGAAGAUAAACCAAAAGCUACAAAAGAGGCAAUUCAGGCCUACCAAAAAGAUCUGGAGCAACAGAUCAGAGAUAAAGAAGAGAAAAGAAAAAAAGAAAAGGAAGAGCUGGCACAGUAUGAAGCUAAAAUAGCAGCUGAGAUGAGAAAUUACAAUCCUUGGGGAAAAGAUGGAGCCGGAGCCCCCCUGCGAGAUGCAGAAGGCAAACUGUUAACUGAUUUGAACACGAUGCACAAACAAAACAUAGGUGCCUACUAUAAUCCAGAUGUGAGAAUUCAUGAAGAAAAGAGGGCUGUGGUAAUUGUAAACCCAAAUCCAGCUCCUCCAAAUGCUGAGAACAUGGAGGAUUCUGCAAAUAAAACUUCAGCUUCUGGUGUGGAGGACAUUCUUAGUAAGGGUCUGACUCCCUUCCAGAUAAAAAAGCAAGAAUCUUACAUGAAUUUUCUUCAGAUGCAGAUGAAAGAAAAAGAAGAAAGACGUAGAAAAGAUAAAGAAGAACUGGCACGUUAUGAAACUAAGAUGGAAGCUGAAAUGAGAAAUUACAAUCCCUUUGGGGAAGAUGGUUCAGGAAUAGUAGGAGUGCAGCCUGUCUCUUUUCCUAGUGCCCCAAUGGCUGAACAGUCAUCAGAAUCUGCUGUGAAGGCAAAUGGACCAGAUGCCUCAAAGGAGAGAGUAAGAGCUUCAGGAAUGGUUUUUGAAGACAGAACCAAAGCAAUGAAAGAGUCAGUUCAGGCUUACCAAAAAGAUCUGGAGCAACAGAUUAAAGAAAAAGAAGAAAGACGAAAAAAGGAAAAGGAAGACCUAGAGCGGUAUGAAGCUAAAAUGGAAGCUCAAAGGAAAAUGUACAAUCCCUGGGGAAAAGGUGGAGCUGGUGCACCCUUGCGAGAUGAGAAGGGAAAUCUGAUAACUUCUCCUGAUGAAGAUAUAUUUAGUAAAGGACUAACUCCCCGUCAGAUCAGAAAGCAAGAAUCUUACAUGAAUUUUCUUCGUAUGCAGAUUGAAGAAAAGAAGCAAAGAGCAGAAGCCGAACGAGAGAGGCUUAAGAUUGAAGAAGAUAAAGAAGAAAAACGACUAACAGCCCAGAGGGCCAGAAUUCAACAAGAAUAUGAAGAAGAACAGAAAAAACAAAGACAGAAAGAAGAAGAGCAAAGAGUAAAAAGUGAGGAGCUAAUUAAGUUUGCUGAAGAAAGGAGAAAAGAGGCAGAAAGAAAGAAGGAAGAAAAACAGGUUCAGCAACAAGAAAAGAAGGUUACAGAUGAAGAAGAAAUCAAGAAGGAUUGUAUACAGUCGAGAGUCCCAUCUCCAUAUGUGUCUACUACGAAAAACCAGCUUCCAGAUGAUGAGAGGAGAAAAAUACUUGAUAGCUUAGCAGCAUUAAGGAGGCGGCUUCAUACUGAAGAGCAACGUGUCCAAAAAGACAUCAUAAUUAUGAAUCAUGAAAAUGAAAAAUACUUAAGGAAAAGAGAGAACAAUAACUUGAAUGCUUCUAGUCUGGGCCGACUUGGAAAGCAAGUUUUAACCCGGCCACAUACAUAUUUCAAAGGAACAGAUCCUCACACUAUGCGGAACAUCUAUGAGUUUAAUGAGCUUAAAUCGAGAGAUUCUGAAACCCGGGAACAUGUAAGGAAUAUGUUCCCCAGUCCUCCAAAUGAUGACGAAACACUGGAUAUUCAGCAACAGGCUCUGUUAAGAGAGCAACAAAAACAAUUAAAUAAAAUGAAAAUGAGGGAAUGGGAAGAAGAAUUUGAAACCGAAGAUGAUGAUCCGCCAGAUAUUGAAAACAUGCUCACUCUUCAGGAGCAGGCCCAGUUGAGAGCCCAGCAAAAGAAAAAGAAUAAAAAGAAAAUGAAGGAAAAGUUUGAAGAAUUUGAAUCUAUCGCUGAUAUGAGUGCACUCCCUGAUCCACCGAACGUGGAACACACUAUGACUCUUCGGCAACAAGCUCAGUUGAGAGCCCAAAGAAGGAAAAUGCACAGAAAGAAAACUAAGGAUUGUUCAGAGGAAUUUGAAGCAUUCGCAGAUGUGAGUGCACCCCCCACUCCACCAAACACUGAAGACAUUCUGACUCUUCAGCAACAGGCUCAGUUGAGAGCCCAACAAAAGAAAGUGAAUAAAACAAAAAGGAAUGAAAAUUUCGGAGAUUUUGAAAUAGCAGAUGGGAGGAGUAUGCCCCUCGAUCUACCAAACUUUGAACACAGUCUCAGUCUCCAAGAAGAGGCCCAAGUUAGAGCCCAACAAAAGAAAAUGAAGGAAAAACAAAGGAAAGAAAAUUUAGAAGAGUUUGAGUCAUUCUCAGAUGUGAGUCCACCCCCAAAUCUACCCAACAGUGACCACCCUCUGACUCUUCACCAGCAGGCUCAGUUGAAAGCCCAACACAAGAAAACACACAAAAAAAAUAUGCCUGAAAUCCAUGAUGACUUUAACCUGCAGAUCAUGGAACUGGCUGAGGAUGAAUUCAGGGACAAGCCAAGAGACUUCAUGAACAAUUCACUUUUGGAAUCCGACAGCGCUUUUAUCGGUGCUAAUGGGGAACCAUUCGCUGUUGAGGAAAAUGGAGGAUAUCCAUCAGCUGCAAGGGAAUUCAGGAAAAAACUUGUAGAAUGUCCUGAUGCCAUCUCCUUAUACUCCGAAACCAGUAUAAACGUUGAAGAACUUCAAGCCAGAAAUGAGGAACGGAUGCGAAGACUGAACAGACUCCAAAAGAACCCCUCUUCAGCAGGUCAGGACGACAGCGAGAAUUUCCUGGUUGAUCCCGACGGCUUUCUGAAGCAGCCCUCCCCUAAGGACGGUGAAAGAGCAAAUUCGGCAACGACCCUGGCGUCCGAGCCCUGGCUCCGCCCAGGAACUUCAGAAACACUGAAAAGAUUCUUGGCAGAACAGUUCAACCCCAGCCAGUUUCCCUUGGAAAAUCCAGUCGCUUUUCAGUGGCAGGGCUUGUCGACGGCACAUGGCUAAAGCCGACGGAGGUUUGUGGGGGAUUGAGCUCUGCCUUAUAGGGUGAAAGGAUGGUAGUAGAUGAAAUGCACUUUUCGAGGGGGGGUUUCCCUCCUAGAAAGUUGUAGCCAGUUCAGGUGUAGAUAUACACUCAAAAUUGCAGAGGGUUGGAGUCCCCCCAAAUUGAAGUGACUCUCGGGAGCAGUUGCUCAAUUCUGUAGUUUGUAUUUUUACUUCGGUGGUGUUUCACGGUGCCUGAGGCAGCCUUGUUUCGUCUUGAGCAAAGUCUCUCUUCCCCCACUUCAGUCUGGGUUUGGUCCUGUUUCACUCCCCUCCCCACCAUCACAGUCUCCAGGCUAGCUCUUAGGCACCAAGACAUUGCUUUUGUUUCGUGCUGUGCUGCCGCGGAGUCAGCCUCUUCCUUGGCCAGCUUCCCUCCAACUCCGCUCUCCUUCCCAAUGUCCCCCUCCACUUCCCCCGUCUCCUUCUCUACCUCACUCUAGUUGCCCAUUGUUACUUUCAUUUGUAUCUGUCUCAGCUGUUGGAGGUUUGCAAUUUGCGUCUACUUCUCUCCAUUAGAUUACCAAGGUAUGUGAGGUUAGGACUAGAGUUUUUUUUACGUAGAGGGCUCCGCACUUGGGUGGUGCUUGAGAAACAAGUAGCUGAAGGAGAAAUCAGUAAGCACUAAUUACACCUGGGUUAUCCGGGUGUUUUAAUUUAAUAUCUAAUUUAACAAAUGGUUUUUAUGAUCAAUUUUAACUGUUCUUGGAUGGCAAUAAAUUUUUAUUUUACUACCA